UAUGGUACACGGUUCACAUGGGAACGUCUUACCUAGCUAGUACUAGUACUGUUUUCUAAGGAUCAUCAUCAACAACAUAUAGCCUAAAAUAUAUCACCAGCGUUCAUCGAGCUCCAGCCAACAAGUUAUAGAUCAUGGACGAUAUAGCUCAUCCUCCAGCUCGUCUGCAAGCCGCUUCAUCAGUCCCAAUCUCCUCCAGACACGCUCUUUCUCGCGUCAAUGAUUUCCUCGACGAUUUUCAAGCUCGUAGUACACCCUCCAAGGGUAGUGAUACUUCAAUCACCGCCCAACUUCAGAAGCUGAGUAAAGCGCUUGAACAGGAGUGCAUCCGACAAUCAAAAUGAUCUUGUCACAAGAUUUCGGACCAGUGUAUGGGAGACAAUCGAAAAGUGCCAAUCUUAGCCUCACGUAGACUAGAAGGAAAUGUUUGAAGCACGCAGCGAGGCCAUAGAUCAAAUUCAGUUUUUCAUGCGUAUAGCAUGCAUUCACGUCCG